GUGAUUGAGAUUUAGUUGUCAUGAUGAAGCAGUUUUGUCAUUAUUAAAAGAUAACCUCAGCCCGCGUUCUCAAAGCAAUUUCUACUUUCUCUGUUUUCCAAAGCAUUAAAAUAUCAGAACAAAAGUGAAGUCCUAUACUGUGUAGCUGUCGGAGAUCCCUUAAUUUAUUUAAAUAUAUUCAUUUUGGUGGGAUUAGGUUAAGGUUAACAAGUGACAAUCACCAAAAGCCAUUCUUGAUAGACGAAGAAGAUCAUUAUGCAGAGCCCCUAAACCAUCCCCAAAUCCCCGAUUCCUAAUGGCCAACAAGAGAAUUCGAGAAGCCGCCAUUUCCUGCUCGUCUUCUUCGAUCUCUCGAGGGAAUCUCGAUGUCUUCUUGAGUACUUUCAGUCAAGAUCCGAGCAACAAAAUCAUCAUCGACGGCAUCUACAAUGCUUUGGUCCAAAGAGGGAUUCACACGUUGAGAAGCGACGACGAUGAACACAAGCAGCUGCGAGGAGGAGAGAAAUCAUUAAUUGAAGAAUCGAAGAUCGCCAUAGUCCUUUUCUCUAGAAAAUACGUUUCGUCGAUUUGGUGUCUAGAUGAACUGGUGAAGAUAAUUGAAUGCAGAAGCAACGGGACUGGUCUAACUGUUUUUCCUGUUUUCUGUGAUGUGGAUCCCUCCGAUGUACGGAAACAGACCGGUUGUUUAGAGGAAGCGUUUGCGAGACAUGGCCGGAAGGGUUUCGAAGAGAAGGUGGAGAGUUGGAGGCCAGCUCUUACUACAGCGGCUAACCUUUCUGGUUGGGAUCUGCAUAACAUUUCCAAUGGGCAUGAAGAAAAAUUUAUCCAAAGAAUUGUUGAUGGUGUUGUUUUGAUCAAACGAAGUCGAACACCAUUGAACAUCGCUAGUUAUCUCGUUGGAAUAGAUUCGCAUAUUGCAACGUUUUUGAGUACAGAUUGUUCAAUUCUUUCUCCACAUGAAGUUCAUAUUGUAGGGAUUUGGGGUAUCAGUGGCUUAGGCAAGACAACCAUUGCGAAAGCCAUAUAUAAUGAAAUUUGUCAUAGAUAUGAAGGUUAUAGUUUUCUUGAGAAUGUCAGAGAAGUUUCACAACAACACAAUGGUCUGAUUAAUCUACAAGAACAACUCCUUUCUGAUGUCCUUGUGAAGAAAAACUUGAAGAUAAGCAACGUUGCUAGAGGAAUAAAUGUGAUCAAACAUAGGCUUCACUGCAAAAAGGUUCUUAUUGUUAUUGAUGAUGUAGAUCAUUCAGAGCAAUUAAAUGCAUUGGUUGUCAAGCAUGAUUCGUUUGGCGUGGGAAGUUUAAUCAUUGUCAUAUCAAGGGAUAAACAUUUGCUAAACGAGGUUGAAGCAUGUCACAUUUAUCAUCCUGAAGAGUUGGACUCUCAUGAAUCUCUUCAACUUUUCAGUUGGCAUGCAUUUAAGAGUGAUUGUCCACCAGAUGAUUAUAAGGAGUUUUCAAAGGAGAUAGUUAGCCAUGUCAAAGGACUUCCAUUAGCUCUUGAGGUUAUGGGUUCUACAAUGUUUGGCAAAAGAAGUUUAUCUGAAUGGGAGAAUGUAUUAGCCAAACUAAAAAGUACUCCUGAUUAUCAAAUUCAAAAAAAACUUCGAUUAAGUUUUAAUGAUUUGGAUGACAUGGAGAAGGAUAUUUUCCUUGAUAUAGCAUGCUUCUUUAUUGGAGUGGACGAAAGCUAUGCAUCUAAAAUACUAGAUGGAUGCAACUUGUUUCCAGUUAUCGGAAUCAGCGUUCUCAUUCAAAGAUCUCUUAUUGCAAUUGAUGAAAAGAAGAAACUAAGGAUGCAUGAUCUUCUUCGAGAGAUGGCAAAGGAAAUUGUUCGUGAAGAAUCUCCUGAACAACCUGGAAGACGUACAAGAUUAUGGUCAAAAGAGGAUGUUUGUGAUGCAUUGGCGAAACAUAAGGGAACCAAAUCUGUUGAAGGCAUUAUCCUAAACAUUUCUCAAUUUGAGGAUGUGUGUUUUAAUACUGAAGCAUUUGUAGACAUGCGUAAUUUAAGACUGCUUCAACUCAACUAUGUACACCUAAGGGGAGGAUAUGAACAUCUCUCUAAGAAAUUAAAAUGGCUUUGCUGGCAUGGAUUCCCUUUGAAUUCUAUACCUACCAAUUUUGACAUGGAGAAUCUUAUUGUUCUUCACAUGGAAAAUAGCAGUGUUAAAGAGGUUUGGAAGGAAAUCAAGCUGCUCAAAAGGUUGAAAAUCCUGAACCUUAGUCACUCGAGUUACUUGAGGAAAACUCCCAACUUCUUAGGAGUCCCCAGUCUUGAGGAACUGGUCCUUGAAGAUUGUAAAAGUCUGGUUGAGGUUCAUCAAUCCAUUGGGUAUCUUGACAAGCUUAUUGUCUUGAAUUUGAAAAACUGCAAUAACCUUAUGAAGCUUCCAGACAGCAUUGGUAUGUUGACAUCCCUUGAAGAACUCAAUCUCCAUGGUUGCUCAAAACUGGUGGAACGAUCUACUUAUUGGUUUUCUUCAUUCCCCCAAUAUCUUGGUUCACUAAAGAGACAUUGUACUUCUACCAAUUUGCUUCCUUCUUCUUUCUCUCGUUUAUGCUUUUUGAAAUCAGUAAAUCUCAAUCAUUGCAAUCUGUCAGAAGAUAUGAUUCCCAAUGAUUUCUGGAGCUUGCCAUUGUUGAGGGUGUUAAGAAUGGAGAAUAACAGAUUCUGCACCCUACCAGCCAACAUUAGACACCUUUCUCAUCUUUCUCGUCUUUCAUUGAUCGAUUGUAGAGAUCUCAAACUAAUGACAGAGCUUCCGCCAAUGUUAGAACGUUUGUAUGUAUCAGGUUGCUCAAUGGAAAUAUUACCAUCCACCAUCAGCAAUCUCUCUGGACUAGAUCUUCUUUAUGCGAACAGAUGUAAGAGGCUACAGUCAUUUCCAGAGCUUCCACCAAGCUUGGCGUUUUUGGAGGCAGAAGGUUGCACCUCUUUGCAAGGAGUAGACGUUGAGGGCUUAGAGUACUUAAGAAAGUUAAGAAUCGACUAUGAUCACUUCUGUAGUAAAUCGUAUGAAAUAAGUUGCCUUAAACUUCAAUCACUAACUUUGGAAGGUUGUGGUAGGCCUCAAACACUGCCAAAGCUUCCUACAAAUUUAGAUUCCUUGUUUGUAGAUGGUGACAUAUCGAAUUUGCUAGUCAAUUGCAGGGAGAUCCAGAGCAUGGAAACUUGUCAUCAAUCUGUACAACGCAUCCACAUCGAGGAAAGAUACUGCCACGAUUUGGGUAACAGUUUGAGGAAGAAUAGCUUCUACCAUUUCCAGGAUCACUUUGAAAUAUGGGGUAGUGGGAGUGAGAUUCCGGAAUGGAUAAGCCAUCAAAAUAUGGGGUCUUCCGUAUCCUUUGAGGUAUCUCAUGACUGUUCGCGUUGUCUGAUCCGUGGGUUGGAUGUAUCUGCUGUUUUUUUAGUUGAGAGAUUCAUCUUAAAUUUACGUGCUCUCACUGUAAUUUGUAAUAAAACCAAAGGUAUUCAAUGGAGGGCCUAUGUUAUUGAUUGGCAAAACACAGGUCCACUUCCACCAGGUCAAGAGUUAUUGUGGGUGCGCCAUAUUACAAUUCCUGAGCUUUGGGAUUUCUCGGGACAUGAAGUUGUUUUUGGCGAUCACUUUGAAGUGGGGGAUGAGGUGGAGGUUUCAGUAGAAAUUCAGGCUUGGAGCCCUAGUGUAAGUUUGCAAGUGAAGAAGUGUGGAGUCCUGCUGGUCCACAGGCUAGAUGUGGAGAAUAAACUAUCGGAUGAUGGAAUAACGGAGGAAUACAAGUCUGCUUCAGAUGAUGAUGAUGAUGAUGUCGUUAUUGUGGAUGGAGAUAAAGAAUCUGUAUUGGUUCACAUUGAAGAUGACCAGAAUAAGAUCAGUGGCCACAAUAUUGAGGACAUUCCAGGAUUUAGCAUUGAUGCCAAAAGGUUGAGGAUUGACCUGUAAUUAAAGCCCUUUAUUAUUGUAGAGACAAAUUCAUUUGCAAGCUCAGGUGAGUUCCACACUUCCACUGGACGUACUCUGUGAUUGUAAUAAUGUUACUGUAUUGUAGAAAUAAUGCAAAAACUUGAUCUAGGACUCAGGAGUGCUGAUAAAUAAUGAGACGUUAUGUUAGCAGGCUGGUGAUGUGAACAAUGAACAGAAAAGGAACGCUUGUGCCCUGUAGGGAGGAGGAAUAGGAAAGCAACGGUGAUGGAAGUUGUGAAACGUCAGUGAGGUCGAACCCUCCUCCAAUGUUCUUUCCACAGCCCCAAGGCCGAAGCCCAAUCAUUUAUUUGUUUAUCAAAGGACAAGGGAGGAGUAACUAGCAGACAAGGCCAUGAAUUCAUAAGUCAAAAUUAGAGGCUCAGAAACAAUUUUCCCUAAAAGUAAUAACUGCCCUUUAGCAUGUAAAAUUGUAGUAAUCAAUAAUGUGAGAUCACAUUUUUUCA